AGUGCAGAAACGCGUGGAUUUUACAAUUAUUCGUGUUGUCCGUGCUGCUUCGGACGCACGACGCCUGUGCCGCGCGCGCGCCCUUUUAUCUCUUCCCUCCCAACCCACGUAUGAACGCUCGCCACUCCACUCUCAAUUAAUACUCCCACCGGAAAAGGAGACGAGAAGAGAGGCCACCCCACCAUCGUCCCCUUCACAGACCCCAGCUCCAUGGGCCCGAGAAAUGGCUGCUGCCUUCUGUUCUUCGUCGCUGUCGCUCUCGCCGGCGCUGCCGUCGACUUGGCUGCGGCGCAGCAGGGCGCAUCGUCGGGGCCGGGGCCCAACUACUUCACCACCAAGAGCUUCAACUCGUCCAUGGCGAUCGUGAUGGUCGUGCUCGUUACCGCCUUCUUCCUGCUCGGGUUCUUCUCCAUCUACCUCCGGCGCUGCGCGGCCCCCCCGCUCGGCGGGGCCGACGAGUACCCCGGCGCCGGCCGGCGGCCGGGCGGGAUCGCGUUCGCCUCGCGGUCCAGGAGGGUGCGCGGGCUGGACCGGGUCGUGCUGGAGUCUUUCCCGACCAUGGCGUACGCCAACGUCAAGGCGCACAAGGCCGGCAAGGGCGCGCUCGAGUGUGCCGUGUGCCUCAGCGAGUUCGACGACGACGAGACGCUCCGACUGCUCCCUAAGUGCUCCCACGCGUUCCACGCCGACUGCAUCGACGCGUGGCUCGCGUCGCACGUCACCUGCCCUGUCUGCCGCGCCAUCCUCGUCCCCGGCGCGGAAGCCCCGGCGCCGGCGCCGUCAAGUGCCGUUUCCACCUCAGAGCAAGACGCCCCUGCAGCGCCGCAGCAGCCGGCCCCAGAAACGGCCACGAUCACGGCGCCAGAGCAGGUGGUGGUCGUCGUCGUUGAUGCCGAGGAGACGGCGGAGGAGAGAAUUAGGAGGGAGGAGGCCGCCGAGCUGAUGCGAAUCGGCAGCGUGAAGCGCGCGCUGCGCAGCAAGUCGGGCCGAAGUCCCGCGCAGUUCCCGCGCUCGCACACCACGGGGCACUCGCUCGCCGCGCCCGCGGCUGCCGAGACUGCGGAGCGGUACACGCUGAGGCUGCCCGAGCACGUGCUCCGGGAGGUCGCUGCGGCGGGCAAGUUUCGGCGGUCAGCGAGUGUCCAAGCGUUCUGGGCGGGCGGUGACGGGAGCACACGCCGCGGCUUUGGGGGCGCACGCGCCGGGAGGAGCGUCAGGCUCGGCCAGUCCGGCCGGUGGCCCAACAUGUCGUUCCUGGCGCGCACGUUCUCCGCGAGGCUGCCGGCGUGGGGCUCCGUGCGGCGUGGCGAGGCCGACGUGCCGGUCAAGAGUGCGAAGGUCGCCGGCGACGGCAAGGCCGUGGAGCAGUGCGACAGCGGGGUGUACCCACUUGGUGCCCGUGUUUGACGUGGCUUUUUGAGCGUUAGGUCAUAGUGCUGAGAGUACUCCAGUAAAAGUUAGGUACGUGGCCUUUUCGUCGAUGUUAAUCCUGUUUUCGGCGGCAAAUUUAGAGCGGUUGUGUACAUAAAUUUUACUGUCGAUUGAAAAGAGAUUCUCCAUUAAUUUAGUUCUUUACAAUCAGGGAUGUAUCAAAUUCUUGUGAUGAGAAUCGAUUUUUUUUUU